UGUAUUAGUGAUCUUCCCAAAAGCAUUUACUUUAUUGUUGGUAAUGAAUUCUGCGAACGAUUUUCUUACUAUGGCAUGAGAGCCAUUUUGGUCCUUUAUUUUACCAAUUUUUACGGACUCGAUAAAAACACCGCAACCGCGUUAUAUCAUGCUUUUGUAAUGUUGUGCUACUUUACUCCUUUACUUGGAGCAAUGUUAGCUGAUGGCUGGCUUGGCAAAUACAGGACUAUUUUAUACGUUUCCUUGAUAUACGCCAUUGGAAAUACUGUGGUAACGUUGACUGCAAUUCCCCCUCUAAGUCAUAAAUCAUUAGCUGGCCCUAUUAUCGGUUUAAUGUUAAUUGGCUUUGGUACAGGCGGUAUAAAACCCUGCGUUUCUGCCUUCGGUGGGGAUCAAAUUAAUCCUAAUCAGCACAAAUUAUUGGAAAGGUUUUUCUCCAUCUUCUACUUUUCUAUUAAUGCCGGAAGUGUACUGUCAACAAUCUUUACUCCAAUCUUAAGAGGCAAUGUUCACUGUUUCCAUGGUGAUUGCUAUGCAUUAGCUUUUGGCAUACCUGCAAUAUUAAUGCUAGUCGCGAUAUUUGUCUUUUGGAUGGGUCGACCUCUUUAUAAAAGAAAUCCUCCCACUGGCAACAUACUUGCUGACGUUUGCAAAGCUAUUUGUCAUGCUAUUGGAAAUCGAAAAAGUGAUAUUCCUGCAAAUCAUUGGCUAGACAAAGCCUCAGACAGAUUUAGUCCUAAGCUACUCGAAGACAUCAAAGCUAUGCUAAGAGUACUGGUAAUGUUUAUCCCAUUGCCAAUAUUUUGGACAUUAUUUGAUCAACAGGGAUCCCGCUGGACACUACAAGCUGAAGAAAUGAGCGGAAACUUGGGCCCUUUAGGCAAAAUGCAACCAGAUCAAAUGCAGGCCGCAAACCCCGUUUUAAUUAUAAUUCUAAUUCCUGUAUUUGAGUCCUUAAUCUACCCUUUGUUAAGAAAACUUAAGAUACCGAUGAGGCCUUUACAGCGAAUGUGCACUGGUAUAAUAUUUGCAUCAUUUGCUUUCGUUAUUGCUGGAUUAUUACAACUUCAGAUAGAGGCCCUAGAUGUUGAUCGUACUCAUCCUGAAGGGAAUCUUACACGAUUUAGUCUGGUUAAUAAUAUUCCUUGUAAUCUAAAUUUUGUUCAGAAGCAAGCUGGUGUAGCAUUAAAUCUCAAUUAUACCCAGAGCAAUUCUUACAUCACUGCACCAUCCGGACCGAUGACCUUAACAGUGACAGCAAAUAAUUCGUGUUCAUUGUUCAAACAAAAGAAAUUUCAAUUGCAUUUGAGUAAAUCCUCUUCUAGCUAUGUAUUAAGCUAUCAGAAUCAACAAAUUUUCUCUCAAAAGGUAAAAGCGAAUGUAACUCGUCCUAAAUCGGAUCGUGCAAUAAUCAGAAUUUUUAAUACCUGGAAGAAAUCAAUAAAUUUCACCUUAACUGCUGCAACUAAUAAGAAACAACAUAAGAUUAGUUUCAUAGAGCCUAUGCAAGUUUACAAUUAUACCGUUGUGUAUUAUGAUACAUGGAAGCAACCCAAAUCCCACAAAGGUAUGUUUACAUCUAAUGAGACGCUCAGUAUAAUCUAUUCCUCCUAUGAAAACAAACAAUCGAUUGAAGUGGUUGUAACUAAUCAUGUUGAUAUCCAGCCUAAUUCCAUACCAAUUCUAUGGCAAGCACCUCAAUAUAUCGUAAUGACUGCUGGAGAAGUCAUGUUUUCUAUAACUGGUUUAGAAUUUGCUUAUUCUCAGGCUCCAGCUUCGAUGAAAUCAUGUCUUCAAGCUGGCUGGUUAUUAACAGUGGCUUUCGGUAACCUUAUCGUUGUUAUUGUUGCCGAAGCUAGAUUUAUUCCCGAUCAGGCUGCUGAAUUUUUCUUCUUUGCUGGAUUAAGUGCAUGUAUAUUUGUCAUAUUUGUUAUCAUGUCUCACUUUUACAAAUAUGUUCGCCAUGAAGAAGUAGAGAAAGAGUUGAGUGAUACUGUCGGCUUGAUUAAUGGUGAAUCUAAUUACGUUAGUGAUGAGGAGCACCAACCAGACAAGAACGAAUUAUAA